AUGGCGCUGCUGUCCACGCUGCACGUGCUAGCCGUGGUCGGGCUCAUACGCAUGCUGACCGUGGCCGACCGGCGCACGGUGAUCAACACCUUUGCCUGGGGUAUCGGCAGCGGUCUGGGCGUCACCGCCGGCGCCCACCGGCUGUGGGCGCACCGCGCCUACAGCGCCAGCUGGCCGCUGCGCGUGCUACUCAUGGUGCUGUUCACGGUGGCCGGCCAGAACGACAUCUACGAGUGGGUGCGCGACCACCGGCUGCACCACCGGCAUUCGGAGACGGACGCCGACCCGCACAACGCCAAGCGGGGCUUCUUCUUCGCCCACUGCGGCUGGUUGAUGAUGCGCAAGCACCCGGAGGUGCGCCGCAAGGGCGCCAAAAUCGACCUGUCCGACCUGCUCGCCGACCCGGUGGUGGCCUUCCAGAAGCGGUUCUACAUACCGCUGAUGGUGUUCUGGUCCCUCGUCGUGCCGACGGUGGUGCCGUGGCUGUGCUGGGGCGAGGGCCUGGCCACCGCCUUCCUGCUGAGCACCUUCAGGUACGCCACCUCGCUGCACUGCACCUGGCUGGUGAACAGCGCCGCGCACAUCUGGGGCAUGCACCCGUACGACGAGCACAUCAGCCCGGCCGAGAACGUCGGCGUGGCCGUGGCGGCGCUCGGUGAGGGCUGGCACAACUACCACCACGUCUUCCCAUGGGACUACCGCGCCGCCGAGCUGCCCGGCUACGCCUUCAACCUCACCACCUGCUUCAUCGACCUGUGCGCCCGCUUCGGCUUGGCGCACGACCUGAAGACGGUGAAGUCGGAGGUGGUGGCGCGCCGCGCCGCGCGCACCGGCGACGGCAGCUACAGGCGGCCGACCGUGCCGCGCGACACGACCGUCACCUAGCGAAUGGUCGACAGUGACAUCUAACGCCGUUAUUGUGAAACUGGGACUGCGCCGGCGGGCGCUCUUGUCUCACGAACGCGUUGUGCUGUGAACUCCUCCGAGGAGGCCCGGCGGGGACACGCCUGGCCUGGAGCCAGAAAGGGUGCAUGGCUCAGACUCUGGCCGUUGUCCGGCGAUCCACACCGGACCCGCUGAGCCGCCCUCGUCCGCCGAACCGCCGCCGCCUCUGACACCGGCAUCAGCUGUCGCUCCCGUCCCGCCGCGCCGUGCCGUUGACCGCGGAACGGACGGUCAGAUUUUCAGCCCUCGAGCGUGCGGAUGUGCUUUUUUCGUGCAUCUGCUGGCCGCGCCGAGUGCGGUCAUCCCACGGGAAGCUGUAUGGUAUCAGUGAGGGACAGUAGCGGACAAAUCACUGCCAGUGGCACCACGGCAUCAAAGACCGUGGCUCUUCUUGCGAUUCUCACUUGUGUGGCACUGUGAGCUGAUAACCUUCGGUAUCACUUUCGAAGUUGGCUUGCUUAGAGUGGCUAUGGCUUUUGGAGCUUAUUUAUAGUCAUGCUGUCCACGGAGCGCUCGCUGUGUGGUGACGUCGUUCACGGAGUGCUCGCUGUGUGGUGACGUUGCUCAUUGAGUGCUCGCUGUGUGACGACGCUACUCGCGGAGUGCCCGCUAUGUCGUGACGUUGCUCAUGGAGAGCUCGCUGUGUGGUGACGCUGUUCAUGGAGUGCUCGCUGUGUGAUAACGUUGUUCAUGGGGUGCUCGUUGUGUGGUAAAGCUGUUCACCGAGUGCUCGCUGCGUGAAGACGUUGUUCACGAAGUGCUCGCUGCGGGAAGCCGCUGCUCACGUGGUGCUUGCUGUGUGGUGGCGCUGUGCAGUGACGCUGUGUGGUGACACUGUUCGCGGAGUGCUCGCUGCGUGGUGACACCGUUCACAGAGUGUUUUCUGUGUGGUGAAGCUGUUCGCGGAGUGCCGCUGUUUGGUGAUGCUGUUCGCGGAGAGCUCGUUGUGUGAUGACGCUGCUCGAAAGUAAAGCUGUGUCAAAUUACACCUCCCAGUGCGAAAUCAUGUACUUUCCCCCAAUUUGUACACGGUACUUUAAACUGCGCUCCAAUCAGAUUUCUGCCCCGUGUCCUAUACACCUGAUGAAGCGGUUAUGUCAAAUCGAUGCUUGACGUCAGUUAAAGUGUGAGUUGGAUAUAAAGGACUGAACAAAUCCUUUGCCACGCUCGACCAUAAUUGUGCCGAAAGGAUUUGUUAAUCAUGAGAUUACACCAGAUUACCGGCUUAAGACAAACUUGACAAGUGUCAGUGGCUUGCUUCUGUAACUAAUUUAAGUAAAAAUAGCCCGGCGUUUUUGUUUUGUUUUUAGCCGGAAUUGGAUAGGCAAAUGCAGUCUCAUAGAAAAGCUAUAGAUGGACGAAACUUGUU